AAUAUUGCCGUAUCAGUAUGGAUUAAAAAUAUAUUAUUUAAAAAUCAUAAAAGAUAAUUUAAAAACCAAAAAAGUCAAUAUCACAAAAUCAAGGUUGUUCGUUUAAAAAUAUGAGUGGUUUAAAUAUGUUAAAAAGAAAUAUUUUAAAAAAUGUUAAAUUGUUCAAUCAAUCAAGAUUAUUACAUUUAACACCUAGAACUGCUGCACCAUGGAAAACUGUGGCGAAAAGAGAAGGUCUUAACGGCGACCAUAUAUUAGAUUUACAUUAUGAUUUCCAUUACCGGGGUAUAGUAGAAUUUGAUGAUUGGGAUAAAAAGAAAAAUUUAAUUGCUGAUGUUUGUAUGGGUAUUGUAUUAGCAUUUGUAUUGUAUAAAUGUUACUCUGAGCCAGAGCAUUUACUUGGAGACUUUGAGUAUCCUGAUGCUUCAAAAUGGACAGACGAAGAAUUGGGUAUACCUCCAGUUGAUUAAAAGAAAAUAUUAUAAAAAAUUAAUAUGUAGAUAUAUAAAUGAAAUUUAAUGUCAAAAUAUAAGAAUAUAUACCAAUAAUUUAGUUUCGCUAUA